GUCACUCUUGUGCGCCAAAAUAAAUAACUAUGGAUUUGUCCCAUGAUUUGUCCACAUCUGCAAGUACAUUUUUCAGGAUAUUUAACCUUUACGGGAAAUUGUAAUGGAAAUGCUACAUCUUUACUAUUAUUUAUUUGGUUAAUACUACCAAGGUAACUUGUAUUUAUAAAGAGUAAAACAGGAAUACAGUCCAAAUCUAGCUGGCUGCAGUUCAGUCAGAUGUUACAAAAUACUUGCUAGAUACAUUGAUGCAUCAUCAUGAAUGAGGAGGAAAAUCUGGACGAACUUGGAGAGAAACUGUAUGACCGAAUAUUUUCUAAACAUGGCGAAAUCGCGGGCAAACUGACAGGGAUGAUGCUAGAACUGCCUGACAAAGUCAUCAUGCAGAUGCUACAAGAUGAGUCUGUCCUUAACGAUGGAAUAAGCAGAGCACUACAGGCUCUCAGCCCAGACAGUCAGGUGGUGUGUGAGGUAGAGGAGGCAUCUGCCUCUUCGGACUCUUUGGGUGAACGACUCUACGACCUCAUCGACCUUCACAACACCGGCCACACGCACAAAAUCACAGGCAUGCUGUUGGAACAGAACAAGGAGGCCAUUCUUCAAAUCCUGUCAGAUCCUGAAUUACUGGAAAAGAAGAUCAACAUUGCCUUAAAAACGCUCCUUGAUAGGCAGGGGGAGGAGAGGACCAACAUGACUGAAAGCUCUGAUUCUGAGGUUGAAUCCGAAUCCAUUGGAGAAAAACUGUUCAACCUUGUGAAACAGAUAGACCACACCCACUCAGCUGACAUCACAGGUAUGCUGUUGGAGAUGGACUCGGAGAGCUUGAAUCAAGUCCUGAAAGACCGCUCCCUGCUUGAGGUUGCAGUUAAAAGGGCACAGAGUGCUCUGGAAGCACAUACCCACACCCACAGUUCGGAAUAAUGAGAUGUGUUCAUUCAUCGAAGCUGAAUUGCACAGUUGCCAGCCAUCACAGGCCAACACAAAUGAGUCAGACACUUCCUUGCGCAGUUCCUGUAUGUGGACAAAGGAGAGGACUCAAACCCAAACGACGGGUAAAGAAUUGUGGGAAGGAAGCCAUGUUGGUUGAUGAGAUGGUUCAGUCAUGUUGUGAACUUUUAUAACAUUAUGGAUCCAAUACCAUGCUUAUAUUUUUUUACUAUGA